UUCCUCUCUAUUCCAUUUCCAGUCCCUUCAGACGGAGUGAGAGAGAACUAUACAUACGGUUUUUGUGUGUGUAUACAGUUUAGAAAAAGGGGAGAGAGAGAGAGAAAGAGAAGAUGUUAGGAGUUUUUAGCAGUUCUAUAGUGUCGCCGCCGGACGAGCUGGUGGCAGCAGGGAGCAGGACGCCGUCGCCUAAAGUGACGGCGGCGAAGCUGGUGGCGAGGUUCCUGGAGGCCAAUUCAUCGGCGGUUUCCGUGCAGAUCGGAGACGAUGUCCAGCUAGCCUACACUCAUCACAACCAGUCUGCUUUACGGCCGAGAUCGUUCGCAGUUAAGGAUGAAAUAUUCUGCUUGUUUGAAGGAGCACUGGACAACCUGGGGAGCCUUAAGCAACAGUAUGGUCUUGCAAAAUCUGCAAACGAGGUGCUUUUGGUGAUAGAAGCGUACAAAACGCUUCGUGAUCGAGCUCCCUAUCCUCCAAACCAUGUCGUUGGCCAUCUUGAAGGGAACUUUGCAUUUAUAGUUUUUGACAAGUCCACAUCUACUUUAUUUGUGGCUACGGACCAAUAUGCUAAGGUUCCUCUAUAUUGGGGAAUCACUGCUGAUGGCUACGUGGCGUUUGCUGAUGAUGCGGACUUGCUUAAGGGUGCUUGUGGAAAGUCUCUUGCUUCUUUCCCAGAAGGUUGCUUCUUUUCAACAGCAGUUGGGGAACUCCGGAGCUACGAAAACCCAAAGAAUAAGAUCACGGCUGUACCUGCUAAAGAGGAAGAAAUAUGGGGAGCAAAAUUCAUGGUGGAAGGGCCGAGCAUCGUUGCAGCCACAAAGUAGACUACUGUCUAUUAUCUAAACAUGGGUCCGUGAUCUCUAAUUAUAUGAAAGCUGAAAUUAAGUUGGAGUCUGGGCAUGAUGAGUUAGAGCCGUGUAAAUAAAUGGAGGAGAGUCACUUGUUUGUUGGUAUAUUAAGACUUUUAGCUUUGUGUCAAAUUGUACUACUUUAGGCUUGUUUGCUUGUGUUUUCGCUGUCUCUUUUUUCGUGGUUGUAUAGUCUCUUUUAGUCCUGUGGUAAUAAGGUUUGGCUCAUGUGUUUGAACUAAUGGAGCAAUGCUUUUUACUUCUCUUUUAUCUA